AUGUCUGAACGAAAGGUUUUAAACAAGUAUUUUCCUCCGGAUUUUGAUCCCGCUAUUCCAAGGAGGAAGCAGGCAAAAGAUGCUCAACAUAAGGUUCGUCUCAUGACGCCGUAUGCUAUGAGGUGUGAGACUUGUGGAGAAUAUAUUUACAAAGGAAAGAAAUUUAAUGCGCGUAAAGAAACUGUCGAAGGAGAAACCUAUUACAGCAUAAAGAUAUUUCGUUUUUACAUAAAAUGUCCAAGGUGUUCGGCGGAAAUUACUUUUAAAACCGAUCCCCAAAAUACAGACUAUGUCGCUGAACAUGGUGCGUCAAGAAAUUUCGAACCAUGGAGAGAGGAAAGAAUUGCAGGGGAGGAAUCCAAGUUACAAAAGGAGUUAGAGGAAGAGAAUAAUCCAAUGAAAGCAUUAGAAAAUC